AUGGCAACCCCUCAACUCUACGAUUGGCUUGUCCAAACUCCUGCAAACGCAGAAGAUCUUGAGAAUCGGAUCAACACCCGCCCUGCACACCUAGAGCAUAACAAGCCACUUAUCGAAGCUGGAGUACUUGUUUGGGGUGGACCUUCGCUGGCAUCCCACCCGCAGAGCACUGAAGAGCAGCUCUUGAUCACCGGAAGCGUACAGUGUAUUCGAGCUGAAAGUGAAGAGGCUGUGCGGAAUAUCAUUCGCAAUGAUCCAUAUUCCAAGGUUGGAUUUUGGGAUGCUGAGAGGGCUACAGUAACACCGAUGAAAUGUUUUCUUCGCAGGCCGCUUUAG